AGUUUGCUUUGUACCAUUCUUUUCUCGGUUGUAGACCAAAUCUUCUUCUUUCACCUUCGUCUUCCUCGUCUCCCUCCACAGAUAAACACCUUCUCUGACAGUACAGUACCAGCAUAUUCAACCAAAUUGAUUGAUUUUUCUUCCUAUCAAAUCAGAUUUCGAAUUUGAUACCACCAAUUGUCUUCUCUUGGAAUUCUCUCAUGACUACGACCUUAUCUUUUCCGGAUUUCGAUUGUUUCAAGGUCGCUCCGCUGUCUUUCUCUUCUCCUUGCGCCUGCCCUUUGCGUCUAUCCUCCUCUAAACCAUUGCCUCUCCCUCCUGCCCAUCGCUUGCAUUUUAUCUUCUUACAUGGCCAAAAGGGCCCUCUCAGAAUUAACAAUAGAAGCGGUUUGGCCAGACGCCACAUUGUAGCUGUGGCACAUGCGGAGCCCGACCGGAUUGACGGGAAAGAGCCCCAACAGGAGGUUGAGGGUGGUCAACAAUUAUCAUUUCAAGAGGAUCCAAUCACAGAACAUCAACACAAAAAAAAUCAAUUGAAGAAACGGGUUGUUUUUGGGAUUGGCAUUGGAAUAACUGGUGGUAUUGUUGUAUUGGCUGGAGGAUGGGUAUUCACUGUGGCUGUUGCUGCAUGUAUUUUUGUUGGUGCACGUGAGUAUUUCGAAUUGGUCAGGAGCCGUGGGAUCACUGCAGGAAUGACACCCCCACCUCGAUAUGUUUCACGAAUUUGCUCAGUUAUUUGUGCUUUCAUGCCCAUUCUUAGCUUUUACUUUGGUCAGCUUGAUGUUGCUAUCACAUUUUCUGCCUUCAUUCUUGCAAUUACUUUGCUUCUACAAAGAGGCAAUCCCCGAUUUGCUCAGCUGAGCAGUGCAAUAUUUGGGCUUUUUUACUGUGGUUAUCUUCCUUGUUUCUGGGUCAAACUUCGGUGUGGUUUGGCUGUUCCAGCCGUAAACACUGAAAUAGGAGCAGGAUGGCCAUUUCUUCUUGGAGGCAGAGCCCAUUGGACUGUUGGCCUUGUUGCUACCUUGAUUUCUAUGAGCAGUAUAAUUGCAGCUGAUACCUUUGCUUUUCUUGGUGGCAAGGCAUUUGGUAAGACCCCACUUACAAAUGUUAGUCCAAAAAAGACUUGGGAGGGAACUAUUAUGGGCUUGGGUGGUUGCAUAGCUACUUCUGUCAUUCUAUCAAAAAUUCUUUCCUGGCCAUCUUCUAUGAUUAGUGCAAUAGCUUUUGGAUUUCUGAACUUUUUGGGUUCUGUUUUUGGUGAUCUUACUGAGUCAAUGAUAAAGCGUGAUGCUGGUGUCAAGGACUCUGGAUCUUUAAUCCCUGGACAUGGUGGAUUACUUGACAGAGUGGACAGCUACAUUUUUUCCGGGGCACUAGCAUAUUCCUACAUCAAAGCAUUUAUGCCACUUUAUGGCGUUUGAGAUAAUGAUGAUCCUCGUAUUUAGAAAUCAGGAACGAGACUACUCUCUAGGUUUUUCCCCCUUGUAGGGAAAUAAAGAAGGCAAGGCCAGUCUGCCCUAAAGGCUGGAGAAGGAUGAGCAUCAGCCAGCUAUUUAUUGCACUCUACCUAGAAAAAGAACUUCAGCUUACUUAGUUCCACCAGGUCUUCAAAAAUUCCAAGUGAAAGUAUCUGUUUACCAGGUAAUUGUACAUAUGGAAUAUUUAAUAAAAUAUGCAGUUAUUUUUAAUUUAAAGUACACAACAUUCAUCUCUCUAAGAUAGUUCUGGUUUUCUUGGAGACAAAUUUCCUUUUAUCCUACUCCUGUUUGUGGGCAGCAACUUGCAGGACUUAUAGCUCCGUAAGCCAUGUUGAUGUUGGAAGAUGGGGGUUUAAUAUUGUCAUGCUCCUUACACACACUCUCACAGGCUUAGAGUUUGUUACUUAUUUUUUUUCAUUUAGUUUUUUGAAUUGUUAGUAGUUUAUAGUCUAUAGAUUGUAUUAAUUGUUGAGCAUAGCCAAUCAUUAGAAGGCAAUUUCAAAUAUAGCAAAAUGAACCAAAAUAUUUAGAGAA